AGUUGUUUUGCUCAAAAUUGAUCGUUAGAACGUGAGAUAAAGUGCCCGGGGAAUGUUUUCAUAUUAUGACUAUACUUUAACGUUUCAUCAAAACACCAAGCUUGAGGUAGUUAAACUUGAAGUUAUAUAUGAACUAAUGAAAUUAAGUUGAAAUUUUCCGACGGAUUUAUACUAAAACAGUUGACUUAGUAAUUAACCAUGUUGUCGGUGAUAUCCACGACGAAAUCGUGCCGACCGAAGGUUUAUAUAACCCGACAAAUACCACAGAAAGGAUUGGACCUGUUACUGGGAAGAUGUAACGUGUCGUACUGGGACAGCCACGACCCCGCCACCAAAACCGAACUGCUCGUCAACAUUCCAGGCUGUGACGUGCUCAUAUGUAUGCCGACGGAUAAAAUCGACCGGGAUAUUCUUAAUGCAGCAGGUCCGUCCUUGAAGAUCGUAGCGACAAUGUCCGAGGAUUCCGAUCACAUAGAAACAUCCGAAUGUUCACGACGUAACAUCAGGGUCCUGACACUUCCGAAGAUCACAUUCGACACAGUGGCUCAAAUGGCAAUAGCUUUAUUGAGAGUUAUAACAGCCGACUGGACUUCAGGUUCUAAUAGCAACUUAAAUCUGAUUAUACAGUCUAAAGAUGUUAUUCAGAACAUAAAGAAUGACGCCACCUAUUGUCUGGAACUUAGCAACAGGACAGUAGGUAUCAUAGGCAUGGGACCUCUUGGACUGUCGGUCGGCAAGAUGCUCAAAAGUCUGGGAGUAUCAGCCUUGAUUUACAAUGACAUUAAAUCAGUUGCUAUGGCAACAGAUAUUGACGCUAGUUUUGUAGAGAAAGACAUAUUAUUAGAAACAAGUGAUAUUAUCUUUGUGUGUUCAAAUCUUGGACUGUCGUCUGGCAAAAAUGGGUGCUUGUUUAACAAAGCGGCAUUCCAUAAAAUGAAGUCGUCUGCAAUAUUAAUCGACGUCACAAAAGGCUUGCUUGCCAACUUCACGGACAUGUAUAAUGCGUUACGUGACGGAGAACUAGAAGCAGUGGGAUUGGACGUCAGAGAGUAUGACGUCAUACCUAAUAGACAUCCGCUCGCAAGUCUUGAGAACUGUUAUUUUCUGCCAUUCAGAGAGUGUUAUAAAUGGGAUGGGCGCCGGAAGUGCUCUGCUGAGCUCGCCACCUCUAUCCUGUCGGCACUUCAAGAAAUUGAAAUCAGCAAGAAAAAGCAGGAACCUGUUAUAUGCAGCCCCGGAGAAUCCCUGGUUCCGAAAAUGAGCAUUCCCGUACAUAUUUGAAAAACUUCCCCAAUGAUACAGUGAUAUAUGGAGCAUGUUUUAUAUAUUUCCGGUUCAGGGCAUGUCUGACAUAAAUGGCGCAUGCGUACACGUUUGAGAAAUGGCGCAAAUUUUAGAAAUGGCGCGAACAGUUGUGAUACUCGUAGUAGUUGUAAAUAUUCAAUUGAUGAAACCUUUCCAAAAUAGCAUAAUUUCGGCUUGACUUUCUGAAGCCAUCUUUUAAUUUUAUAGGUUAGAUUGGUGCUGUGCAUAUCAUUAAUUUUGCUCCUUCAUUUACUCAUUUAAAACCUAGCUCAGUUUGAGCUGUAUACAUGUACAAUAUUAUGGACAUUUUAUAUAUUAGUCCAAGCUAGGUUAUUAUAUAAAUAGCUACCAAAGCUGUGCUUUUAACCUUUAUCACCUGUAAACCCAUUGUGAAAUUACUGAAUAAUAUCUGGAUGUCCUGUUUCAACAAUUUUGCUUAUUCAGCAAAAAAAAUUGCUUAUUUAGCAAAUAAGUAUAUUACUUUUUUAACAUGUCUUUGAAAAUCCUUUAAUUUUCAUAAAGGGCUCUGUAUGAUAUUAUACAUGAAAAGUAUAUACAGGUACAAUGUACAUGUAUGUAUACAUUAAUGAGAAAAUUAUGAGCAUUUUUUGAAAAUUGAUUGUAACUUCUUUUUUGUCCUACAUGUCGGCCUCAAUGGUCAAGUUCGACUGUCCCUCACCGCUUCAGGUUCGAAUACUACACAUAACUUCAUUCUUCUAUGUGAGGAAGCGGUCCAGUUCCUUGUUGUGCCAGUAAUAAUCCCGAGGUCUCAGUCUAUCACUUGAGCUGGAAACCAGACAUAAUUAUGACACAUAGAGUGUCGGUGCCACUUGAAAUAUAACAAUAUCCCGUUAAACUUCAAAACUGAUCUCAUCUUGCAUUUUAUAUGAAUGUUCAUUGUUAACAUUGUUAUAUUUCACGUUUCGAAAUUUUGUUGUUUUUUGUUGAUAACUGUUAAUGAAUUUACAUGGAUGUGUAAUUUCGAAAUUAUAUGUACAUGUAUAUAGAAUUUAAUAAUGGUGAAUAUUUUAUACCUGUGAAUUUUUUAUGUUAAUUUGUGUACUUGUUAUGUUCUCGUGUGAAUUUGCUAUGUCCUUCCAUGUAAUCGAUAUGUUCACAUGUGUUAUAAUCGCAUUUCCAUAAAUUAUAUUGUUGAACAUACAUUGUAUAUAAUUCUGUUUUAGUAUUUCAUAGGACAUUGUAUUUCACACAUAUAAAAUCAGGAUAUACAAUAUCUAAAUAUAAUUAUGAAACUGUUAUAAUAAAAGAAUAAAACUA